UCGAAAAUAUUUUUCGAUAUCUAUCCGUUGAUGAGUUCGUUACGGAAAUUUAAAGAAAUGGAAACUUUAGACAAGAGACAAAAAUACACAAACAAAAAUCAAUUUGAAGUACUUGUGAACGCGAUGAAGUUGCACCCUGACAUAGCUAAAGGAUUUUCCCAAAGAGCACCAGCCGAACUAAAUACUUUUUGGAAAGAUACUUCACAGAAACUAAAUGCACUGGGCCCGCCAAUCAAGUACAAAACUGGAUGGAAGAAGGUUUGGACUGAUUUUAAGUUUGGAAUCAAAAAGAAAAUGUUAAAAAAUGCAAAGCAAAUUUCCGGAACAGGAGGUGGGCCCUUCAGCCAAAUAACUUUAAGUCCACUCGAAGAGGAGGUCAGUGUAAUACUUUCGCUCAAUACAUCAGUUGAGGGGUUGAAAGGCAUUCGAAGUUUUGGAUGCUCGCCAGUGAGGACAACAGUAAAUACUCCCGAUGAGAACCAUGCAACAAGUACCCUUAAUAAGAGACUCAAAAUGAAUCUUCAUCAGAUAUAACGCCUGAUUGUGUAUUUCAAGUAGACCAGGCAAUGCAACCCAAUGUAAAUACCGACGUUUCCUGUAUACCACACAAGAAGCACAAAACAAACAAGGUGGGUCUACUUGAGGAGCAAAUAUCAAUCCAAAAAAAGAUGGAGGAAAAUGUGUCAAAAGUACUAGACACGCUUGUUAAGCAACAAAGUGAACAAGUCCAAGGACAGUCCGAAACGAAUAGGUGGCUUAGGAAACUCCAUGAAAAUGAAAAAGAUAAAAUCAAGGAAAUGAGGCGACAUAAAGCAGUUAUGGAAAAAAUAGCCAUAGAUAAACUAGAAAUUAAAAAGAAAAUUUUGGAAUUUGA